AUAUGAAAAAGUGAACACACAGAGAAGGUGGAGGGGUUCAACAUCUUAUAAAUACAUAACAAUAAUUUUAAUCUUAAAUUCGUCUCUGUCCUUGUGUGCAGCCGUCUCCAACUAUUGACGCAACCUGCAAAUUCAUCUAAUAUAUCUUAACCAAACCCCACCAUUUUCUUGUUCUUCUGGAAGAGGGGUGGGGGGUCCCUCCUAUAAAACAAACAGAGUCUUGUACACGGGUUAACAUGCUCUUAUAUACCCAAACAUUUCAAAACUUUGAGCAAAAUAUCCCAAAGUGUCACAAUUUGAAACAUACUUGACAGUACUCCUCUUGUCCUAACAAAAAGUUAAAUGGCUUCUUGGUUUGAAAAACAGCAACCCAAUGAACAAACUCAUCCAAGAAAUUACAAGAAGAAUAGAGUAAAUAAGCCAAAAAGUUUUGAUGAAUCCAUUUUGAUACCCAAAAAUUCACCAACUUCUUUUGCAGCUAAUUAUGGUUACUAUUCCUCAUCCUCUGUUUCUCAUUCCUUCACAAGUACAAAAGAGAAGAAACUUCAUCCUCUUUUUCCUUUGCCUUUGCCAUUAGAUUCACCUCAUUUCUCCACAAGAUCAAGUAGUGGAUCAUCCUCUAGCUCAUCUCAGUUCAAUGAUGAUGAUGAAGAACAAAGGAUUAGUCCACUAUUUAGUCCAUUCAGAAACAAAUGCAAUGAUUGGUCAAGAACAUCAAAUGAGAGUUCAAAAUCUACCUCUCCUUGCACUUCACCAACAACAUAUCCAGUGUGUGAAUGGGGAAAACAUUUGGAUUCUCCUAAUGGGAAACAAGAGAAGUGUAAUCAUCCACGCCGUCCUCUCCCUCUUCCACCAAAUUCUUCUACUAAUAAAACAGGACAAUGGAAGAAAGGGAAAUUGUUAGCAAAAGGGACAUUUGGAAAUGUCUAUGCUGGAUUUAAUAGUGAUAAUGGAAAAAUGUGUGCUAUAAAGGAAGUGAGAAUCAUCUUUAACGACACAACAUCAAAAGAACGUCUCAAGCAGCUGAACCAGGAGAUUACAUUACUCAGUCAAUUCUCACAUACAAACAUUGUGCAAUACUAUGGAAGUGAACUGAGAGGAGAUAAAUUGUCACUCUACUUAGAGUAUGUCCCAGGAGGUUCAAUUCUGAAACUACUUCAAGAAUAUGGUCCUUUUGAAGAACAAAUUAUCAGCAGUUACACUCGAAAAAUUCUCUCCGGAUUAGUAUUCUUGCAUGAGAGAAACAUAGCACACAGGGAUAUUAAAGGAGCGAAUAUACUAGUAAAUGCUAAAGGUGAAAUCAAGCUUGCAGACUUUGGAAUGGCUAAACAUGUAUGUUAUAGAUCACCUAUAAACUCGUGUUGUCUGAUGGAUUCCUUCAAAGGAAGUCCAUAUUGGAUGGCUCCAGAGGUAGUAAAAGAAACAGGAGGUUCCAGUGUUUCUGUAGAUAUUUGGAGCCUAGGCUGUACUGUUCUUGAGAUGGCAACAGCUAAACCACCAUUCUGGGGCCAAUAUGGAGCUGCUGCAUUACAGGAAGAUGGGAAAGACAUUCCUGAAAUUCCCAGGAACCUCUCAGAUAAUGCAAAGAGUUUUUUGAAACUUUGCCUGCAGAGGAAUCCAAGUCGCCGUUCCACGGCUGUUCAGCUGCUAUACCAUCCAUUUGUUCAGGCUUAGUGGUGAGAAGGAAUUAGACACCAUUCCAUCUUGAUGAGAAUCCAUCACCAACCAGCCAAUUUUAUGGCUGUGGAUAUUGCUGGCUUGUAUCUUGACUACUGACCAAGACUGAUAGUGAAGAGAUUCUUUUUAAGCUGUAGCAAGAUGGGAAGGAUCUGGAUUAGAGAAAUGAAGCUGAAGAACCAAGUAAAAACUAC